CUCGGCGACACCGACCUGCUCGGCGGGGAGAAGCUGGACGCGGUGCUGACUGCGAAGAUGGCCUUGGUCAACGAUGUGUGUGCAUGCGGUGCCCGGAUUGACCAUUGACUGGCAAUCUCCGGCCAUCGACGAGAUCGGAUUCACCCCGCACCAGGCCAAGCUGUUCUGCCUCAAUGGCUUCGGAUACGCCGUCGACUCGCUCAUCCUACUGCUGCAGUCCAUCGUCGCUACGCAGGCCACCCUCGAGUUCCAGCCCAGCUUCGAUACCGGUUUGACGAUUGCCGUGUACGUGGGAAUGCUGGUCGGCGCGCUGUUCUGGGGCUUCUCUGCGGAUGUUAUCGGCCGUCGCUUCGCAUUCAACGUUUCGCUAUUUAUCUCUUCGAUCUUUACCAUUGUCGCCGGCGCUGCUCCCAACUGGAUUGUUCUAGGGCUGUUCACCUGUCUGAGUGCGUUUGGCGCUGGUGGAAAUCUGGUGCUGGAUACUGCGGUCUUUCUAGAGUACCUCCCCAGCCAGCAUUCAUGGCUGGUGACUCUGAUGGCUGCUUGGUGGGGCGUUGGACAGCUGAUUGCAGGUUUGUUCGCGUGGGCCUUUAUGCCCAACUACUCCUGCGCCGACGCUGCCAGCUGCACCUACGACAACAACAAGGGCUGGCGCUACGUUUGGUAUACCUCCGGUGCUUUCGUUUUCGUCCUCUCCAUCCUGCGCAUCACUGUCGUGCGACUCGAGGAAACGCCCAAGUUCCUUGUGUCUGAGGGCAAGGACGAGAAGGUAGUUGCAGUGCUGCAGCGAAUCGCGCAGAAGCAUCAACGGCCCUGCAGUCUCACCGUCGAGCGCCUAACAGCGCUGGGAGUAACGCGCACUCGCCAUUCCGGUGAUACUCGUCGCUCCUUUCAGCUGAUCUCGUUGCCCGAACUGGGCCACCAUCUGCGCGGUCUCUUCGCGACUCGGAAAAUGGGCCUAUCCACCAGUCUGAUCUGGUUCUCCUGGCUCCUGAUCGGUCUGGCAUACCCUCUCUUCAACGUCUUCCUCCCGCUGUAUCUGAAAUCGCGCGGCGCCGAGUUUGGCGAAGACAGUCCGUACAUCACCUGGAGAAACUACGCCAUCACCAACGCAUGCGGUAUCUUCGGCCCUAUCCUGGCCGGCUACCUGUGUCGCACGCGCUGGUGCUGGGGCCGACGAGGAACCAUGAUUCUCGGCGCGCUGGUUACCAUGGUGUUCUUCUUCUCCUACACGGCUGUUCGCACAGCAGAUCAGAAUGUCGCAUUCACCUGCAUCAUCAAUUUCUGUCUGAACAUCUACUACGGGACACUCUAUGCCUAUACGCCUGAGGUCCUCCCAUCCGCCCACCGAGGCACAGGAAACGGCAUCGCCAUCGGACUGAACCGAAUUAUGGGAAUCGUGAGCGCCGUCGUUGGCAGAGAAGCAGAUACGAGCACAUCUGUCCCGCUGUACAUCUGCGCCGCGCUGUAUAUCGUCAUGGCCAUCGUCGCCGGCGUCUUCCCCUUCGAGCCGCUCGGUCGACGCAGCAGCUGAUGCUGCAAUAUACAACUAUAGUUCCUCCCAUGCGCCAAAGGCCCAGGACAAGCCGCCCGCGACACUCCGCAAAUACUGUUCCCAAUGCGACUUGCCAGAUUACUGUACAGCCCACGCGACCUGGACGGAUUACGUUAUUAAUUAUACGGACCGAGGACUUUGUUUAAGUGUUGUCUGUCUAGUCGUAAUUAUCUGCUUUGUCUUCUAGGAUCUAUGAUUAUACCCCGUUAUUGACUGGAGAUAUCUGACAGACAUGAUUAUAUAGCAAGUAGUAAAUAAACAAUAAAUGAUACUUUAACAGUUAGCCAAUACUGCACGCAGGGCUGUUAGUGCAAGG